GGGUUUACUCACGAGACUGUAUAAAUGACAAUAUUUUCCCUAAAUGGACUGUAAUGCAUGCCAUCUCAUAUUUCUACGUGGAAGGAAAGAGAAAAGAGUUAUAGGAUUUCUGUAGUAGGCAAAAGUGUUCGUUCUUCAUAAUAUUAUUUGUUUCCGCCUAGCUGUGCCUUCGAAAUCUUGUUUUAUGCGAAAUAUCAAAGCAAACAUGUGUUUUUCUGACUUACAAAACGUAGUCAACGUUUAGAUCAGUGAUUUUAUGUUAAAAAUCCUUUUUUGUCGCAGGACGUAUGUUGUAACAGGCUGAAUCAGUGAUUGUUUGUGCCCUUUAUUGAUUUUUUUAAACUAGUGGUUUCUUUGUGGUUUUUUAAAGAUCUUUGUUUAUGUGCAAACAUUUGAAAAGGAUUUCAUAAUUAUAUCAACAAAAACAAACAUGAAGACGAAACUGACUUCUGUGACGUACCUCGGGUUCACCGCCAUGGAUCGACGGUUCUCCAACGCCAUGCUGCCCUGGCUACUGAGGGAAAUUAGAGCUACUGGGGUCAGAGAUAAGCUCAGCAUAGCAGUAGAAGAUGGCUGCUUGAAGGCUUACAAUGGAAACUUCGAACCCGUGAUAGUACACAGACUAGUCGACAUCGUUCGGGCCAGUCAGGUACCAGGUAGACCCGAGGAGCUGUUCUACAUACUCCUCAAUGAGAAGGAGGCACUCCUCAAUUGCUUUCUCUUCAGAGCUGCCACUGUGAAGGAGAGCCGCGCCAAAUUCUGA